UUCCCUGGUGGCGGGGGAGACUUAAGAUUGUGUUGUGUUGGUGUGUUGUGGCCGCUGCUACCUGCUCAUUUUGUCUCAAAUGACACCACCAUGAGCAAGGGCAUACGUAACUUGGUGUCUAAACGAAAGAGAAGGUUCAAAGAAGAUGGCUACGACCUGGAUCUUAGCUAUAUCACAGAUCGUCUAAUUGCCAUGGGCUUCCCUGCUCAGAAGUUAGAGGGCGUAUACAGAAAUCACAUUGACGAUGUAUGCCGCUUUUUAGAAGAGAGACACAAGGACCAUUAUAGAAUAUAUAAUUUAUGCUCGGAGAGAAAUAGAUGUUACGAUGCAGCAAGAUUCCAUAACCGUGUUAGAACUUUUCCAUUUGCUGACCACAAUCCUCCUCCUUUGAUUGACAUCGAGCCGUUGUGUAAAGACAUGGCAGAUUGGCUCAACGAAGAUCAGAAAAAUGUGGCUGUCGUGCACUGUAAGGCCGGAAAGGGCCGAACUGGUGUUAUGAUAUGUUGCUACUUACUGCACUGCCGAUUCAAGAUUUUAGCACAAGACGCUUUGGAUUUUUAUGGAGAUAAAAGAACUUUUGAUAGAAAAGGAGUAACUAUACCUAGCCAAAGAAGAUAUGUGGAGUACUAUGCUAAACUAGUCACCUCAAACUUCAAUUACAAUCCACCUUAUGUACGUCUCAGGGAAGCCAGAAUGACUGCACCAUUAUCCAGUGUAAAUUCAGAGGUGUAUCUGGUAAUAAGUUCCCAUAGUAACAAAAAAGGCUACAGCUCGCAGCAAUGUGAUGUGCGGAAAGGCAAGGAAACUAUAUAUCUACCUGUGAAAGAUGAAGUAGCCAGACCUAUUUCAGGGGAUAUCAAGAUUGAGCUAAAAAGAACCAACUUUGUUAGACGAACGGACAAAUUAUUCAGCGCCUGGCUAAAUACACACUUUAUAUUUGAGGAAGGCAAAAAGCUAACAAAUGGAUGCGAAAUUACUGCAUCUGACCAAAAUAAUCAUAAUACCUGCACUACACAAAAUAUUAGACAAAGAAGUAAUAGUUUUCGCGUGGCCAAGCAUGACUGCUUUAGGCACAAGAGACGGGAGUCAGCCGAAGCAAGGGUGCUUCCUGCUGGCCUUGGUGGGGAGAGGCAAGACUCUCGCAAGUCAGAGAGGCACAGUCGUGAGCGGGCAGAGAGCAAGAGCCUUCCCACGGGGCAUCUCACCAACUUAUCACAGGAGGACUGGCCUCCCCCGGGAGGUGAUCUCAGUCCAUUUUCACGCCCCCGCCACCAUAAUCGCCACCGCCGUCGACACCAUACCCAGCAUCUGCCUGUGUGUGGAGGAUCUGGAGACUCCUGGGAGGAGGCAAGAGCUGGUGAACAGGAGGUUCUGGUAGUGUUGAAAAAGGACCAGCUGGAUAAGGCCAGCAAAGAUACACAUCACAAACUCUUACCCGAAGACUUUCAGAUUGAACUGUGGUGGAUGGUGACAUAUGUAAACAAAGGAGGUAGCAAUGUCUUAGAAUCUAGAGAAAGUGGAUCUACUCCAAGCACCAUCACACCAUCAGGCUCGUCAUCAGACACAGACGAUGACGACGAUGACGAAGAAGACGAGGACUGGGACUCAGGUAGGAGGCUCAAAGGGCAUAGAAACCAGCUACAGUUUGCAGCAUCUCAAUGGCCACUGCCCAGAGCGCUACGUGGGUCGAUAUCGGCUCAUGUCGGACUGUUCAGCCGCCCACCCGAAUCAUUACACGAUGCCGGAGGGCCCUACAUGACCCUAGCCCCCCUCAUCACCACACAUCCUGCUUCCCCAUGACACAAACAUGAACUACAUCCCCGGAGGGGUCGGAGGUGCUCCUGUGACCCCCCCACACUUCACCUCUUCUGCGACCUGCUGGGCAAACGGUUGGUCACUCUCCUCACUUCACUCCUGCUCUCUCAGCUCUGGGUCGUUCACUUCUGCCAAAGUGAAUCUUACAGAUUGAAGCCAUCCUUCCAUUUUUUCAUAACUUUUUUUCACAUGAUCAUAAUUUAUAUGCACAUUAAUUGCACAUGUGGUUGUGGAAACAAUGGCUCACCAGCGCACGGUUUUCAUAAGACAUUUCUCAUUAGCAAUAUUACAUGUUAAAAAUUAACUUGUAUGUGAAUGUCAAAUAUUUCAAGAGAAAUAUAAUUGUUAAGUUAUUUAUGUGAUAAUGAAUUUUCCCGGACGAAUGCAAAGUUUCCUUCCUAAACACCUUAGCAAGAAUGUUGUGUACAAUGAGAUGGCACUCCUGAAAAAGGGGCUGAAGAGACAGCAGCCCUGGAAAAAAGGGCUGAAGAGACAGCAAUCCUGUAAAAGGAGCUGAAGAGAUGGCUGCCCUGAAAAAGGUGCUGCAAAGAUGGCAGUCCUGAAGAAGGGGCUGAAGAGAUGGCAGCCCUGAAAAAGGUGCUGCAAAGAUGGCAGUCCUGAAGAAGGGGCUGAAGAGAUGGCAGCCCUGAAAAAGGGGCUGAAGAGACGGCACUUCUGAAACUGGUCUGAAGAGUGAUUAUAACCCUUGUCACAUCUACCUCUUCUUGGCUUUAUGAGUGUUAGGGUCAAGUGUUGGGUGAAGCCACGAGUGUUGUGUCUCCGUCUUCUCCACCAAUGUUUGUGGCAGAGUUUGGUUGCACUUGUGUAAAUGGAGAAUGAAAAUGUUCUAAGACAAAUAUCUUAUUUUUGCCCUAGUUUUUAGGGUCGGUAUCCUUGUCGUUUUCUAUAAUCUAUUUUUUGAGAAAAAGAUGUGAUAAUGGCUUUGGUCACUGAAAUUAGUACUCCAAAUUCAUGUUAUUAAGAAUAGCAUUGUAUUUUUAUUUUUAUUAUACCGAGGGUUUAUAAUUGAUAUAAGUAUUAUUUAUUGUUAUUUUAACAUAAUGAUUCAUUUUAUAUGGCAUGCAAAAUGUCCACAGUAACUCACAAAAUCGUAAUAACACGAUUGUAAACAAACCACGGAACAGGUGGGGUUCAGACUUGUGGUGAGUGAGUGGUGGAUCUCCAGGCCAGUGUGUAAGCCACUGGGCCAGCCGGCUUACUGGCUUACACACUGGCCUGAAGUUUUACCCCACUCACUUGCCAUGGAUUCAAAUCCCAUCCGUUUCGUGUUUUUUUUUUUUUUUUUUUUGUGUCCAUAGUAACUCAGGGCUAAUCAGAAAUAUAUCUAAAUUUGAUAUGUUUACCUAGUCUAAUGCUCUCAGCAGAAAGUGUCUUAUUGCUUUCAAAUAUUGUUACUGUGUCUUUUAUUUGUCCUGGCAAGCAUCUCUUGAUGCAAUUAAUAUGCUUAUAUAUUUAUAGAUGCAUUUUUUUUUAUACUGCUACAACCACAGACUAGUUUUGUUUGUAGAUAUACAAAAUGUAAUUGUUUGCCAAAUUAACUGUAGAUCAGAACCAUAGGUAGCCCUAGAUUUGUGUUUAUGUGAACCAUAGAUUAUAUUAAAUCUUGUCAUCAUUCACAGCCUCCAGUGUUUGUUACAAAACAUCUAUAGGGAUGACCCCAACUUAUGAACUAUGAGUUGCAUUCCCAGUGUUUAAAACCUGUAAAUGAAUCAUUUGUAACCUCGAUCCUAUUAUCCUGUCGGAAACGAUAAGACAAAGGAUGUUGGUGUAUCACAUGUGUUUGUAACUGCAGACUGGCAUUCAUAAAAUAAUUGUUUUCUCGGUGUCAUUUUUGAACCUCAGUUGUAAGUCUGACUCGGGUAGUUCGGGCGUCUGUAAGUUGAGGAUCCCCUGUACUGUAAUGUUGGGUUAGUUAUAGGUAAACAGUGUUUUGAUUUCUGCUGCUGAGUGUGAACUGUAUACAACCUCUCCUCACUUAACGACAUAGUUCUGUUCCUAAGACCAUGUUGGUAAACAAAUUCGUCGCUAAAUGAGGAGCAUACUGUAAUGGUAGUAGGUUUGCACAAUUUAUAACAUUUCUGGUAUAUGUUUAAAUGUUUAUACAGUGUACUGUAUAUUGUAAUUAACAGAAUAGAGGAAAUCAGCUCUAAUAUACAUUAUUUAGGUAUGAGCCCGUCGUAAGUCCGAGUCGUUGGUAAAUAAGUAUGUCACUAAGUGAGGAGAGGCUGUAUUGUUAACACCUGAGCUUAUCUGUUAUUUAUGAACCGCUUUAUCGAGACUUGUAAAGCAGUUAAUUAGUCUCUGAAUUUUACAACAUAAAGCAUAGUUCAUGCCCCACAUAAAACAAUUGGAAGAGUGGAUAACAGAGCAGAAUUGGCUUACAAAUAAAGAAGUAAUUGAUGCGAGCUCAGGUGAGAGAUGUUAAUACUGAGAUGCUUUUGCACUUAAGUCUCAUGACCACUCAUUGAUGAAAAGUAAGAAAUCACCUAGAAAAAUUAAAUGCAUGUAAAGAGAAAUCCAGUUAUUUCAGUUUUAGGUGGAGACCACCUCCAGAAGAGGAUUUUUGACUCGAUUCAAAAUUUACAGACCUUACCUCAUAUUUUUUUUGUUUUUCUGUUCACUUACAGAAAAAUAAAGUAAAAUUUAUUUUCCAAUGUGCAUAGUAUUACAUUGUGUAUUGGUGUAUCAAACCUGGAAAAGCAUAAUAGUUAUGCAGUGUAUUUCAGGCAGACUGAAGAUUAAACAUUAAAUUAGUUAUAGUUUCUCACUUUUCGGUAGCGAGAUGUUUCCAGUGCAUCGAGUAGUGUGUGCGCUCCAAGACACUAAUGGUGAUCCACAUCUGGUAGUUGUGAGUCAUCAGGGGGUGAGUGACUCUAGUCACACACCAGUCUUAACUUUACUGUCUUCCUCACCUCACUUUAUCAUUGUUGUACUUUUUUUUUCUUGUCUCUCUCUCUCUCCUCCCCUCCUUCAGUCCUCUCUCUCUUCCUCCUUCCUCCCCUUCCUUUACCCUCUGCUCACCAUCUCUCUCUGUUACUCUCCACAGAUCUUGCAGUGGUUAGGCUGAGAAUUUGUGCUGUUAUGUCCCAAGCCAAGAGCUUAUCAUCUUCAGCUUAUUUCAUUACUUGGCUUUAGAAACUUGUUUAGUACAAUUCAUUUCUAGGUGUGCACUUCAAAUAUCAAGCAAGCUUCAUAUAGAGAUCCAGGUCAAGCCAGCUCUGAACCUCAACUUUUAUUUGCUCUGAUAAUUUGAUUUCCCCAAUGUAAAUUGUUGUGAGAACUUGUUGCUAAUGCAAGCCAGUACUGUAUAAGAAUGAAUGAUCAUUGAUAGAGUGGUUUCUUUGAGAAGACUACAGUCACACUGAAAUUACUGAUGUAAUUAUUUCUUUGGGAAGUGUACAGAAAGACAUGAAGUUACUGAUGGUUGUCUGUGGUGUCAUGUAAUACCUGUCUUCAUGGCAUGGCUGCCCAGGACUUUGUUCCAGGUGGAGGACCCUGAAAAUAUUGGGCUUGUACAUACAUAACAGUAAGGGUGCUCUCAUCUUUCCAGUGUUGAAGGUUAUUCUGAUGUGACAGGCUAACCAUGUUGGGGAAAGACAAGACUUCAGUUGCCUUGUGCAAUCCUCAUCAUUAUCCAUUAGCUGGAGAUUAAACUGGAGGCAGGGGAGUCAAGAGAGUGAUACAUGCUGAUAGAGAACUUGUGCCUUUUAUGGUUUUGCAGCCUCUGUUGUCACUAACAUUGAGCGCUAAAUCUCCACCAUGCAUUUUUGUACCAGUUUCAGUAGCAACAUCAUCCUGUCUAGAGAUGAUCAUUUUCUGGUAUCUCGGUAACAAAAGUUUCCUGCCAUUGCUUAUCGGAGACAGACAGCCUCUUACUCGCAAUUAACCUUCCUGAAGGCAUUGAUCAUCUUCAUCUGUGUGAAUCAAUGUUAAUGAGGUCAUCUGUACAGGCACAGCAUUCAAGGAUGAGGUGAAGGCUGCCAUGAAAGUAGACAUUCCAUAGCAAGGGACCAAACACUCACCCUUGUGGUACACUGGUGCUGAUUAAGUGACCUGCACUUUUCCAUAAAAAACAACAGUGAAAGAAUAGUUUUGUAGUUUGUCAUUCAUGUGUAGAAUGAAGCCAGAGAGUUUUACUGCUUGUAGUUUUGCAAGAGGCCUCAGUGCAAUGCCUGGUUACUGGCACCAAUAUUGUCCAGUGGUUUUGGAUUUAUUCAGUGACUGGUGCUCCAGUCACUGGAGGCCUUUAUUAACCACAGCAUUUCACCCACAUAGUGACUAUCAAGUCAUUAGGGAGUAUGUGAGAUAAAGGACUUGUAUACAGGAAUAGCUAACAUGUACCUAUUCUUACUCUGUGUUUAUAAUGGCAGAUUCUUCACAUCACCAUUCUUUGUCUCAUUCUUUGAUGGCAAGUGCCAGUGUCUCUAUUUACAUAUAACAAAUACACUGUAUAAUGUGUUCUGCGUGCAUGUGGUGUUCCAACCCUUUGACCACAAAGGGCAAUUUAUCCUUUACUAGACAGAUCUGGUAGAAGUGAAUGAGAUGUUAUGCUAGGUGGUCAGCACAUCACACAAUUUUGGGUUUGCCCAAUCCCUAAGCCUUUCCUGUGUUUAGUGGUAUAAGGAGAUUAAGCUCUUCUGUCUUCUUGUCACUCCUUACAACUUGAACAUAGUUGCAUCAAACAUGAAGUUACUAGUAGGAACUUGCGUCAUGACAGCAAAUUGGUCUGAGUAUAAGUAAACUAUGAUAGUUGAUAACGUUAGUCACUUCCUGUUAAUCUAGGGGUGGUGGUUUUGUGUCCCAGGUAAAAAAUUUCUUUAUUCACUGACUAAUGUUAACCAACUUUGAAGUCCUCUCCUCCUUCCUGAUGCCAGUUUUCAUUUUCCACCACUUCCCAAAAAGAGAUGACCCAGUGUUGAACUUCUUCCAACUGCCAAAAGGCAAGUCUGUGGAGAUCUUUGUUGUAGGUGUGAUAAGUCUUUGUGGCUCCUAUGGUACUUUUGUAAUAAGCAUCAGCAAAUAAUUCUCUUCCCUGUUGUUUCCUUCCCCUCCCUCCCAUCUCUGUUUCCCUUCUUUUCCCUCUUCAUUACAGCCAUAAUCAUUAUGGAACAGUUAUUAACGACCUAGUCAAGAGUGCAAAAAAAAGCAAUGACAGAAUUUGAGGUAUUCUGGCAUAUUGUGUGCUCUAAUCUUCCUGUACAAUUGCUAGCCACUCCAGCUUAAUUUUGUAGGCUGAGACAUUUAGUAGGCCUAGCUAGCCUAUUAAUACCUUUGAGUUUUUUAUUUAUAAAUUAUCUGUCAUAUAUCUUCCCAAAGUGAUGUAAGAGGUGGCUGUGUCAUGCUCUUCAGGCAGAGCUUGCAGUCUUGUCUUAUAAAGCAUUGAUUAUUUUCAUAAACAAACAGAAUGGAAUUUUAAUGUUGCAUUUCCACAAAAAUAAGUCAAAUACUCAUUAAAUUAUUGUACUGUAUUUCAUUGAUGUUCAAUAAUACCAAGAUAAGUUGGAUUGGAUUAGGUUAUAGUAUAUUUAAGUUAGUUUUAUCAAGAUUAGGUGAACUUUAAGUUAUUUUGAUACAAAAUUAAAAGCCUAUAUAUAUUACUUUAUUAGUUUACAAAAAUUUAUAUCUAGCAAGGUAUAAGAUAAAUAUUUUGAAAAGUGUAUUUUUUGGGGCAAAGUUGACUUGUGUCAGUACCUCUGUGUAAGAAGCACAGCAGUUAUGUGUAGUAUGCUUAGCAGAUACUACAGCCACUCAACAUCUUCAGGAGUCAAGGACUCGACAUUAUUUCUCUAAGGUAGCUUACAAAGAAUUCUGCUUGCUGGCUUUGUAUCAGUUGAGAGAUUAAUAUCAACUCCCAGAGGAAACCUCUGUACUUUAUGUGUUUUGCAACGAUUUGUGGAAUGCAGAAGGUUGUAAACUGAUGUCUGGUAAUGUAUUUAAAAUACAAUAUGCAAGAGUAUACAUUUUGUGUUUGCAGUUUAGCUUUAACUUCAAAAUGAAAAUAUUUAGAUUAUGUAGUGCCAUUGUUUGUAAUAUUAUGAUAGUGAUCAAUUUUAGGAGUGGUAAGGGUGGUUCUUGAGAGGCUAUUGCAUGAUACUGCAAGAAUCAUGAUGAGUAGACACAAGUGUAAUUAUAUGGAAAUUUUAUUGGCAAUGUUUUGUUCACCUAGUGGGUUUUAUCAGUUCACUCAAUGAAAUCCACUGUAUGGGCAAAACUUUGUCAAUACAAGGCCCAUGUAACUGCAUUUGUCUGUCAUGGAAUUCGUGUGUGUGUUGCUAACCCAUACUACAAGAACCAGAGAGAGUAACUCUCAUGUCACUCCCAAAAUCUGAACAUCACUCAUAUUUGUUUUAAUGUAUAUAGAAUGUGUCUGUUGAAUAAUUUAAGAAGUAAGAAGUUAGCUGACAUGGCUUUGUAUUAUUUAUGAAAAACUAUUAAAGUACAUGAUUACAAGCAAGAUGAACAGUGCACUGACCUUGUGGUCACUUCUUUCAAGAUGUGUUGACUAAAUUAUGCUGUUUGUAUCGCCUCUUUGACUCCCAAAACACUUAAUUUUUGUACAUGUAGAGUCGUGGAGUUUUCAUCUUUGGAUGCUAAAUAUGAAGAAAUGUGAUACUUUACUGUUAAGUCAUAAUGUGGUGUUUAUGUAUGUCAUGUGCCAUGAAGGUUCCUCAUAUGUUGCUCCAUGAGAGAUAGUCAUGUCAUGUACUGUGAGAGGCUGCCAUGUUGUGCACCAUGAGAAGUGGCCAUGUCAUGUACCAUGAGAGGUGGCCAUGUCAUGUACCAUGAGAGGUGGCCAUGUCAUGUACCAUGGCAGGUGUUCAUAUAUACACAGUGAGAGAGGCUCAUGUUGUACACCAUGAGAUGUGUUCACUUCAUUCACCAUAAUAGCAUUCAUUUUGUUGUAGACAAAGUUCAUGCUGGCUGACAUUCUUCAUACUGAUAGUGAAUGUUGUCCAAGUACAAAGUCCCGAUGAUGUUAGACUCGAGAAGCCUAUAAUGCAAAGACUUGUACGCUUGUUGAUUCACUCGGCUAAACAUUAUUAUUGUGUCUACAUUGGAAAUGUUUUCUUAUUCAUUAUGUGAUACUACUAUUUUAAAAGCUUAUUAUGUUACAUUGAGGGUAAAUUGCAGUGGAUAUACAAAAAUAGCACUAGUCACUAAUGAACAUAGAAAUUUUUUUUUCCAGUGGUGCCAUUGUUAUAUAUUCUACUUUCAAGAGGCUUGUGUAAUGGAGAGCAAAAAACCCUUCAACACAUCUAGAUGAAAUGUAAAUGUUCCAUGUUGAAUAAUUAUUACAAAUUCAUUUGAUGGAAUAUCUUUAUUCUUCAUUUUUGUAAUUAAUGUGUGUUGUAAUAUUUUAUUUAAUAAGACGAAAAAAUGCAAUGUUGUUUAAUGUGGGUCCUUAAAGCCAGGUGACAUUUUACCACUAAGUGCUAGCUGUUUUAUGUUCUAGGUGUUUCAUGUUUGAUUUUACUCUUUUUAUCCAGAAAGAUUAUAUCAGGGCCAAUGUUAAUAUAGAUUUCAGAAGGUACAACUAUUUUAUACAUGUUAGUGCCAAGGCUUAUCUUUCCAGACAUAUAAUUUUCCAGAGAAUUUUUGUUAAAAUUGAAUAGUUUAGAAAUAGUGUAUAUUGCUCCCUUAACUGUUUUGUUGGCUACCAGCUAGCACUGUUGUAAAGAGCAUUUUAUAAGUGUGAGUAUUUCACUUGCUGUAAGUGCUCCAUCAGUCACAGGUUGCUAGCUAUGCUUUGCAGUAGUUGUUUUGUGUAGGAGGAAUCUCACCCAUCUUAUAUUGGUUGGAGUAGUUAAAAAAGUUGUUCUCCACAAUUAGUAUUGAUGGCACAUAGCCCCUUCAUCUUGAUGACUUGUUUAUGUAAUUGUGAGCUUAUAAUGACUCACAAAAUCAUAACACGAUUGAGUGGGUUGAAACCCCACCGUUCCGUGAGUUGAAGUUAUAAUAUCAUGUUUAGGGUUGGAGGGGGGCUCGGUGACCCACAUGGGUUUAACAUUUUUUUUAUGACUACAAAGUUAUGGUUGGAGGGAGGGAGGGGUGGUUUAACUUUCAGGUACUUAUAAUAAGUUUUGAACAGGUCAGUAACACCUGUCAUUUAACUUAAUCCAUAGUACCAAUUAUCACAGAGUUCAUUGCCUUUGGUAAAUCUUGUCUGGCUAUAGGAGCAAAUGUUACAGAAAUUUUUAAUGGACACUUUUUUAAUGUUUAUAUACUGAUUAUUUGUAAAGCUAAGAAUUUCAUAACUCUGAAGGAAUUUGCUUAUUGAUACUGAGAACACUAUGUAAUUUUAUAUUGAGCAACUGGUAUUCUACUACUGAGGAAAAACACAUUUGAGACAUUUUCUCAAAACUUUGUAUAAAAGUGUCAGCAGUUGAUAAUAUUUGAACAAGAAGAUAACUGUGAAGAUUGAAGAAGUUGUUUGCUAUAGUGAACAAUAUUGUGCUUUAGUCGGUGGUAAACUGCAACAUUUGGGAGUCAAACUGAAUAGCCAAAUUUUAGUUAGGCUUGAUUGUGGCAACAGCUUUCCAGUGAAUAAUGUACCAGGAACUGCCAUUUUCCAUAGUAUUUAAAAGUAUAUUUUGAUAAAAGCUAUUGGAAAAGAGAUACUCAUAACAAUUUUAAGUCAAUAGAACCCUACUAUAUUACUGUUCCCAUGUAAAGGAAUAACUUAGCUAUAAUACGUAACGUUCAAAUAAGUUAGAAAAAAGUCUUGUGAAUUUGAGAGGACUUUACCAUAUGUAGGAGUUUCUCAUGUCCUGGGCAUCCCCGAGUUACACUCCCAUGCCCUGGGCAUCCCCAAGCUACACUCACAUGCCCUGGGCAUCCCCAAGUUACACUCCCUUGUAGAUUAACCUGGCUAUCUUACUUUCCUCAGGUGCUGUAUGACCCCUAUGGGUUUAGCACUUCCCCUGACUAUAAUAAUACUUGUACUGUAUAUGGAAAUCUUAUACAAUGGGAUCUCUAAAUAAUCUUCAGAUAGUUUUUUAAUAAUAAAUAAGUUUUUUUUAUUAAAUCUUGAUUUCAAUUAAAAAUUCAUUACUCCUUCCCUGUCCCACCUACUUUUUACCUCCUUUACCUCUCUUCCUUUCAUUUCCCCUUCCUCCCCUCUUUUCUUUCCUCUCCCUCUUCCUCCUUCCCUCCCUUUCUCACCCCUCCAUUCCUCUCCCUGUAAACUGUCACCUCAGGUGCAUGGAAAUAUUUAUUUGUUGAAUGGUGGAAUUGAUUUGAAAAUAAAACUGUUUUUGAUUGUUAAGUUUGCUGCUAUGAAUAUAUCUAAAUCUAAAGAUUUUUAACUUGUAAAGUGUGAUUAGCAGUUUAAAUGACAGGUCAGUUUUUGAUAACAUAGAGGAUAUAUUUAUAAUUGGAAUUCCUUACUUUUUCUGUGUCUUAAGAAGAUUCUUAGGGAAAUAAUACAAGUUUUCAAGAGGGAACUGAACCAAUACCUCCAGGUGCCAGAUCAGUUGUACCAUGAUGGCUAUGUAUGUUUGCAUGCCACUAACAGCAAUGGCCUAAAUAGCCAAGCCAUCGACAAGAAAGCCUAGCCUCACGCUGGGCUGUGAGGGUAGAACCCUCAGAUCUGGGCACAAAUAUUCUAUUUGUAUUUCUUCACAUGACUGGACUUAACACCUAUGUCCACCACAGUUACAGUUGAGCAACUGAACACAAACACAUUGCAGAUCUUCCUCUAUCCAUUUGUGUGUGUAUAAAUGGUUUAGAUACUGACAAGUUGAUAAAUGAGACACUUGAGAAAUAUUUGGGAGUCUCUAUUCUGGAAACAUUUUGCCAUGCAGUGGCUUCUUCAGUCUAUUGCAGAGAGAGGUGAAAGAUGAAGAAGAGUUUGAGGUAAUGAGUCCCUCAGCCUGGAGUCAAUGUGACUUUUGUCAAGAUUGAUGGAAUGAACACAUUGACUCUUAGACUGAGGGAUUGAUUACCUCAAACUCCUCCUCAUCUUCAACCUCUCUCUGCAUAGGACUGGAGAAGCUACUGCAUGGCAGAACAUUUCCAGAAUAAAGUUUCCCCUAUGUUACAAAAGAGUCUCAUUUAUCUACCCAUUUACUCUACACUUUAAAAUGGUGCAACUUAAAGUUAAUCUCCCUCUUAAGAGGCACAUAAGUACCCCUGUCUUCUAACAACAUGUUCAUUUUUCCACUAUAAUCUACCUUGUCCAUAAUUACUAUCACAUGGAGGUCUGAGCUUUGCUCAAACAUCUACAACACAAUUGUCAUCAAAGAUUUGUUAAGUUAUACUAUAAAUUAAGGAAGGAUCCUAGACUUCACCUUACCAAAGCAGACAGAGCAAAUGCAAUAGUAAUUAUGGACAAGGUGGAUUAUAGUGGUAAAAUGAACAUGUUAUUAGGGGUACUUACGUGUCCCUUAACAUUUUCAAAAAUGUGUUCAUAGGGAUUUUCAACAUGUGAGAUAUUUAACUCAUAUUUUGUAGAUGUUGAGGGUUUUGCUUUGGCUAAAACUUGUAUAGAUAUUUUAUAAUUCUUGCCAUGCUAAUAAUUUUCUGUUGGUGUGGCUCCUUUUGCCUGCCCCUUGCCAGAAGGUGGCAAUGGAAUUCGUGAUAAUCACUGUCUUUUGUAUAUACAUUUUGAGAUCUCAUGAAACUGUACUCAUUGUUCAAGUUAAAAUAGAUCACUACUGAUAGCUAAGAGUGGUGUACAGGUUCUUAGAUGUUGAAUCAUCAUAGGGAAAAUAUUUUGUAAAUUUCAUACAGCUAGAGGUUCCUACUCUAUGUAGAACAUGUUUAUUUGUGAUGUGGUUAGUCACUUUAAGCCUUUAUUGGCCAUGUAAUUAGGAUAUAAUUAACAAUAGUCUUGGUAGGCAAGUGUGUAGUUUAAUGAAGGCUUUAAAUUACUAACAAUGUCACACUUAAUUGAAGAUCCUCAUUAAAGAUGUUUAUAUUAAAUUUGUCUUUAUAUCUCCUAUUUUAUGGCCUUUUGUAAUCACUCACUUUUUUUACCUGGAGGUUAUGAAGCUUCUUUAAAAGGCAUUUUCAUAGUGUCACUGUUCUUUUUAUGCUCAUACCAUUUAACCUUCUCAGAGUAUUUGCAUGGUAUUUUGCGCUUGACUUGCCAGAAAUGCAUGCAUUUUGGAGCACUGGAUAAGGGGAUGCCUUGGAGCACUCGGUAUAUUGCACGUUCUAUAAACAUUACUCUUCUAAUUGUAAUACUACUGUGUAAAUAUGUUACAGAUUUUUGCUGAACAAAGUCAUCCUUUAUGUGGAAUGUAUAAUAUUUCUUGUGACUCAGUACUGACAAAGGUUUAAAAGUGUGUAUAAUGAAAAUGGAUUGUUUAAAAUGUGAAGUUUUAAUAUAAACUUAUUGGAGAACAAUAAUUGCACUUCAUUAUGCACAUACAUCUGUACAUGGGUGUAACACUGAGGUUUAAUAUUGUGUGUUUUAAAAGUGAGCUUUUUUAUUAAGUAACGCCAGAGCUUUGACUUUUGCAGGCGAGUCUACCUACUUGUGAGUCCUUGAAGCUUUGGCUGAGUGUUUUGGCUUGGCAUUGUGUACCUGACUCUCCGGAAGUGAUGCAUGUAGGGUAACUCCCUCUCCUCUAGUGCCCACCAACCCUCACCCUGCGUAUGCCACCACCACCAUCCACGUCCAAGUCAGCCAUGACACUUACUUGACUUUCCCUGGGUCGGUUGCCCUGGUGUUGGCAUUACAAAGGGUUCCCUGACCUCCCUUGGUAAUGUGCAAGUAAGCCUUGGAUGGGUCUGACUGCCACAUCUCCACUCAUGUAUCUCUUAAUGGUUCAUAAACAUAACACUGUUUUAAUGAUCAACUUGCAAGUUGAAGCUUCAUUCUUCACACUGAUUCUUUGUUAUAAUUUAACACUAAACUUGUUUCAGACUUAUGAGUUUUAUAAUGUAUGACGAACACCUGGUGCCAAUUUGGCAAAACAAAGUUGUUCACAAACAUAUGCAAUUUGUUAAAUUAAUGUGUAUAUAUUUUGUUGAUUUUGGGAUAUUUUAUGUGCAUGAUUCAGAUGCAUCAGAAAGAAAGAGAGAGAGAGGAUGUGCAGACUACCGCUUGAUGAUGAGAAAUAAAAGCAAAUGCAAUAUCUGCUUAUGCUUUUUUGACUUGCAUUAAUGAGCUUUUCAUCAGUGUUAUACCUGAUUGACCCAAUGGUUAAAACCAUGUUAUAGUUAAUUAAGUAAUACAUCUUGCAGGCUGCAGCUGUUUAUGUAUGUAUGUAAGUAUAGGUAUGUAUGUAUAGGUAUAUAUGUUGUGUGUGCAUGUGUGUGUGCAUGUGCCCUUAUGUGUGCAUAUGUGUGUAUGUUUACUUGUGUUUGUUCUAAGUCACACUAUAAUAUACACUAUACCAUGGCAAUACUCCUGAGUUAUAUUCUACCCAGGUAAUGGAGUGCUUGACCUAGGCAUAUCCAUGAAAGCACUACCAUAGCACAGGUGAGGGGCUUAUCCCAUUCCUCAGUGGUAGUGUUUAACUAGGGCUACUCUCAUAUUAGCCCCACUUCAUGAUCCACUCUCUCCUUCCAUUCCUCAGAGGUAUUGUUUAACUUGGGCUACUUUCACGCUAUCCCCACUUCAUGAUCCACUCUCUCUCUCUCUCCUUCCAUUCCUCAGUGGUAGUGUUUAACUUGGGCUACUCUCACACUAGUCCUACUUCAUCGUCAACUCUUUCUCCUUCCUUAUUACCUUCACAGUAAAUUUUAUUUUUCUAUUUGUCUUUUUUCUCACAUGUCCCUCUAAACUUUUUUGUGAUUUUUUCCUUCUACUCUUUUGCAUGUCCAUUCAUUUUACAAAUAUUUAUUCUCAAUGCUAGCACUUACUGCUUUUCUUUUAUGGGGCCAAGGCCAGCAGUGAGUAUUCUUUGACAAAUAUUUUAAAUGCUCCUGCUUAAGUCUUUUAAUACUUAAUGUCAUUUGAAAUAUUUAGGGAAGACUUUUUUUUGAAAUCUCCCCCUCAAAGACUGGGCUCCCAUAGGAAACACGCAUCUAUGUUAGAGAUGUACUUCAAGCUAAUUACAGACCAUGAUCAGAUCAAAGUAUUUUGGUGAUUAUCAUCAUCUGAAAAUGAUUCCAAAUUUACUACUAGUUUACAGUGCAGCGUGUAGUAAUGUGUGUGCUUAUAGGUUAGUAGAGAGGGUGUUGAUAGUAAUAACUCAAACUGUACUGUACCCUUAUAUUUACCUUUUCGUAAGGAAUGAACUCAACCUGUCGUAUUAGACGGUUGAAAAUGAUCUUGAUCUCUGCCAAUAGGCCUUCAUGACAUGUUGUAGUAGAAGUUGAAUAUAACUUAAAGAUGUACAUUUGUGCCUAAAUUUCAUUUAAUUAAAUAGUUUAUUUGUACAUAAAUUGUCACAUUACCAUAGAGUUGCCAAAGGCAUAAGUCUAUAUUUAUAAUGCAGUAUAAUACAGUAUAAUGUGAAUAAAGUAUAAUAAACACUUAUCAGUGCUCAGUAAUAAGCCACAUGGAGACAGAAACUCAGUUAAUUAAUUGAUCUGUACAUUUUGAUCCCCAUCUGGGAUCCUCUUCUGGGAUCCUCCUCCUGUUAUCCUUUUCUGGGAUUCUCUUCUGGGAUUCUUUUCUGGGAUUCUCUUCUGGGAACCCCUUCUGGGAUCCUUUUCUGGGAUCCUCUUCCUGCUGAAAAGGAUCCCAGAAGGGGGCCGAAAUAUACAGACCAGUCAGUCUCCAGAGAUUGUCUCCAUGUGGAUUAAUAAUGAGCACAGUAUAAAGUUUUUAGUCUAACUAGGCACAGUCCAGUAAAUGUUUGUAAUCUGGCACUCAGCAGUGUGUGGGUAGCAAUAUCUUCAGUAUUUUUGUUUUUGUUACAAAACAUUAAUUAAUUUACCCCAUAAACAGUUAUUGGCCCACAGUUGUGCCAAUAUUUUGCAGUUUACAUAAAGUUAUCACUGAAUAAAUUUAUGCAAUUUGAUUGAAGCACUGUUGCAAUUGCAGUGGUUACCUGUGCAUUACUCAGUGGCAGGUUACAGACAUAGCAUGGGUAUGGAGAUUUUAGGACUGGAGACAUACUGUAUUUGCUUGCAGGCAUGCAUAAUUAUCUUAAUCGAUCAUUAUCCAAAAAAUUCUGAAAUAAUAAGUUAUCGUUAUUUAUUUGCUAAACUCUCUUAAUAACAGUACAAGAAAUUUAUCACAUUAUCAUUAGGUUCCUGAAGUGUUAAUGCUUAAAUCUUAUUCUCUAAGUUUUGCUUUGAGAAAAGUAUAUUUUAUUAUUGGGUACAAUUUGCAUUUGCAUGCAAUUUUUUUGUGAAGAGAUCAGGUAAAGCCAAGUAUAGCUAAUCUGAUUGUUGAAGUUAAUUACAUACAAAUAUUUUAAUGUAGUCAUUAUUUUUUUACUUAUUUUUAGUUUAAUUUCUACUAGAAAAGUACAAAGUAUUGUUAGAUGCUGUAAUAUCAUGCAUUUGGAAAAAUUAUUAGUUUUUUUGUAUAUAGAUGGUAUAAGAGGAACUAGGAUGUAGUUUAUAUGGCUGGAUUUAUUACAUAUUGAAGUACUUGAAGUAAUAUUUUAUAUUAAAUUGAUUUUGUUCAUGGCUACCAUGAGUAUAUUCUCAUGCCACAUUUGACCAAAGAUACUUAGCCAACCCCUCUACAAUACAGUGGGUAGUGCGCUACAUUAUUAUUUACAGGAACAGAGUUCCCAUGCAUGUACUAGGCAGCAUGGUACACCUGUCGUGCACAUGAUAGCUUCAUUAUUUCAUGUAAUCUUGUACUUGGUGGCCUCUUCCUGCAGAGACAUGUGCCACAAGUCAAAGAGAGAUGAUACUCUUUGUGUCUGAUAACUAACCCACAAAUUGAAAAUUGAGCCUAGAUGACAUCUGUCUGUCUUCAACUUGAUGAUGGUCUGGGAUGCACCAAAAUGCUGUCUAGUUUCCACUUCUAAUUAGUGGGUUAGGUGUAAAUUUUUCUAGCAAUUGUAUUGUGACUUUUAUUAUCUACACUUUGUGUGUGUUGUCUUGGCCACCACUAUAGUGUGCAUGACAAUUUCUCCCACCAUUGGGCAGGGUUUAAAAAAUAGUCUGACAUAUAUGUUAACUUCUUUGCAUGCUUAGUUAUUUAAUUGUAAUUUGGCCCAAUUUAUAGAUAUAUAGAUUGUUGAUCUGGUAAUGAAACAUUUGUUAAGUUAAAAUAUUUUUUAAACUCUCCCACGAUUAAAGCCAUUUGAAACUACAAAGAAAUAUUAUUUUAAAUAUUUAACAUACGUAUAUUCGUUUGUUAGAUACGUGUCAGUAAUUUUAUUUUUAUGAAAUUGCUCUAGGUAAAAUACAGUAUAUAUUUCUUGAUUCAUCUUAAGUCUGCUCGUACCUGUAGCUAGAAAAUUUGUUAUCUAGUUAUUUGUAAAAUAUAUUUGGCUAUUUUUCUAAAAAAAAUAUAUAUAUAUAUAUACGUAUAUGAAGUAGCAGGUAUCUAUGUAAAGAAGUUUCUGCUAUGAAUGUCCUGCUCACAUCCAAACUUUUCUUUGAAUAAAAGACAAAUCAAGACAAU